AUGAUUUCAGAAGAACAGGCAACCACGCAGAAUUCAGGGGCACCACAGUCCAAGAGAUCAAGGAAGUCUUUUCCCAAAUGGAAUCCAGGGAAUGGCUUGAGGAAACCCCAGAAUGACAAGACCUUCAGGUCCAUUGUGGAAGAGGCAGAGGCAAGUCUUCAGCAAAGUCCUGCUACACCUUCUGGCCGAAGAGAAAGUCACCCUGUCAGCAUCCUGGUCAAGUCCUGCCCUUCGGAGGCAACGUCUCCACAGUCUUCCUGUCUCUUCCAGGCAACCUCUGCUUUCCAAACAAUCUAUGCAGCUGGAAUAUCCCAGAGAGGGGCAACAAGGCCAAGCCAAGGGAGCAGAGAUAGUGCUACCAUAGCAACAAGAAGGAAAUCAGAUGAUCUCGUAACACAAUGCCAGAAACACAUCUUUAUCAACAGGGAAGAGAAGAUGGAGCAACUGGAACGCAUGGUCCUGGGUCUCCGUCAAGAAGUCCUCUCCUUGAAACAGAAAGUUCAGCGCCUAGAAGCUGCCUCUUUUAAGGAACCAGAACUUGGUUGCCAACCCUGUGAGGUGCCUGAACAUUUCAACGGGUACACCAAGGAACAACUCAAAGAGGCCAUUCGGUUUGACCAGAAAAUCAGCACGCGUAUACUGCAAUUUACCUUAGAAAUGAGUUCACUUGUGGAAGAGAAGAUGGAGCAACUGGAACGCAUGGUCCUGGGUCUUCGUCAAGAAGUCCUCUCCUUGAAACAGAAAGUUCAGCGCCUAGAAGCUGCCUCUUUUAAGGAACCAGAACUUGGUUGCCAACCCUGUGAGGUGCCUGAACAUUUCAACGGGUACACCAAGGAACAACUCAAAGAGGCCAUUCGGUUUGACCAGAAAAUCAGCACGGCAUGCAAAACCCUUCUCUACAAGCUCUUCACCUCAGACUACAUCCAAAGCCAUUCCAUCACCGGGAGGCGAGGGAAUACCUUCCGGGAGGCAAAACCGAUGAUGGACGAGAGAUGUAUCAAGGUCAUUAGGGUUUUGCUCAAGCAGAGGUUCGGGGACCAUCUCAGCGACACGGUGAUCACAGAGAAGAUCCAAAACGUGCAGAAAGCUCUGAGGCAGAAAUAUAAGACGGAAUGUCUGUAA